AUGUCUGACGAUGAGCUUCAGCCUCAGAUCGAUGUUCGCCAGCUCACUUCCGAUGACGUUCACACCGUGAAGCUCCUCAUCAUGGCUAGAGGUCCAGGACCAAUCAAUCUGACUCUCAAGCUUUGCAACCACGAUAGACCUGGCCGCGAGGCUACAACCCCACUUGCACAAUUCAAUACGCUGCAACAAGGGUCGCAAGAUGACGGGAUUGGAGCCGCGAGCGGUGAGGUUCCACCUGGGGGCUGGCCCGUUGACUCGCAGGGUUUGCCUACGACGCAAGCGAUGUACGCGAUGGCCAGUCUCCCAUGGCCGCCAACGUCAGACACUCCAGACGCAGGCAACAAUGCACCCGACACUGCAGCCAUUCAAAUGGAUACUAUCGACGACUCCGCUACUGAGACGGACAGUCAAGCUCCCGGUGUGCUCCUGGUUGGUAACAUCAUCGCUGACCGACGUUGGUGUAACCACCUCAAGCACGAUGCUAGCAUUGCUGAGGGGACAAACGGCAAGGUGCAGGAAGGUCUGGGAGGGCCGGGAAUAGUGGUUGACGCAGUGGUGCCAAUGAGGCGUCAGGAGGACUGGCCGCCGUCGCCUGCGCCAGCUGUGCGGGAUCUCAUUGACAAUGAUCUACCGGCUCCUUGGCACACUCCCCGCGCAGUCCGCGUCGCUAAUGCAAACAUCCUUGCUCGCGACGUAACACCGCCGCCCGCCGAAGUACCUGACCCUCGGACCCCAAGUAAGGUCUCAGGGCAAUAUGGUACCGAAGCAUGGCAUCAGGAAAAAGUUCUCUGA